AUGGGCAACCAUCAAGUAAUAUUCUUAGUACUGUGCACGUCGCUCCUCUUUCAAAAUACAAUACAACAAAAUGUAUCAUUUCAACUGAUAAGGGAAAUCGAUAGAUACACACCAGAGAAUUUUGUACUAUCAGUGUUGAAUAUAGAAAUGAUUCUUUUUGAGAUCCAUGCCGCUAAGGCAGUUGAAAGUAAUAACGAUUUGGAAAGGAGCUUGAUCAUAAACUUUGGAUACUCCGAAGCAAGGCAGGAAGUACUGGAUUGGGGAUUGAGAUAUAAGAAAGCCUCGAGCGCCAAGUUCCAGAUGGCCAACAAGGUGGCAGUGUCUCAGAAACUGCCCCUAUCGCAAAAGCUGCGUCUGGUAAACGAGGUGCUGAUGACGAGCGCCAAGAAGUAUGAUGUAACAAAGGAUGUCAGACCAUCAAAAUUAAUGGAUGAAUGGUUGUCCUCCCAUUUGGAUGGUGUACUCGCCAAUUUUGUACAAGAGAAGAAGUUAAACGCGGGCGAAAACAUUGUAGCCAUCAGCGGAAUGACAGUCACUCCCCUUUGGGCAUCUCAUUUCCAAUCAGAGAUUAAUAGAUACUUUGUCAAUAAUCCUGGCACUGGAUAUGCUUCGAAAGACCCAACAUGUGUGCCCAUGAUGCACUCAUUGUCCUCGUUUGAAACCAUGUCCACGGACGAGGCCAAAGGUAUAUACAUUCCAUUCUCAUCGGCAAACUUGGGUAUGUUGAUCCUCCUGCCGAGGAAAGGUGUCACCUGCAAGGACAUUUUGGAUAAUUUAAACAACCAGAUCAAUGUGGAAUAUAAUGAUCACAAGGAUGUUCACUUGCUACUGCCCAUAUUCAAGGAGAAAUUCGACUACAAUAUUGCCAAAUUCUUUAACGGAAUUAACAUUGAAGACACGUUUAAAGAUUCGGCGUUUAAAUCGAAAGCCAAAAUCAAAAUCAACAACUUCCGAGUCAACCAUGGCAUACGAUUUCAACCCAUUCUCCGUUUAGAAGUAGUUGAUGAUAUUGAUACUGGAAAGACCGAAACGUUUGAAGUAAAUCGCCCAUUCGUCUUUGUCAUAAAGGAUAAGAUUAACGUAUACGCAGUUGGUCGAAUUGAAAACCUAGAUGGACUUACUGACAAAGUGAAUUGCUCCAAGAAAUACGCUGAUCUCAAGUCGUAAAAUAUCCAUAAUAUAUUUCGAAGCAUAAUAAAGC